AUGCUCUCCGUCGGAUAUUCAGUGCUGGCAAUACUCUUUUCUCUCAUUUUGAACCACGUAGUUUCGACAUGGCGCUUCAAUAGAAAAUACAAGCUGCCCAAUGUUGUCCCAGGAUGGCCCAUCAUUGGGAAUACACUGGAUGUGCCAUACCCAGCGGGGAUGUGGGGCAAAGAGAUGGCGAAGAAGUAUGGAGAAAUAAGACUAGUCUACCUCAAUUCAUCACGAGUCGUAACCGACCUCCUCGAAAAACGAGCAGCAAUCUACUCCUCACGCCCCUUUCGGCCCAUGCUCAGCGACAUCAUGUCAGCCGGUGCUCGAAUGGUCUUUAUGGGGUACACAGACAAAUGGCGAAAUCAGCGAAAGAUCAUGCACUCGAUCCUAAAUGGGCGCCAAGCGGAAGCAAAAUUCGUGCCAUUUCAGAAUCUGGAGGCUAAACAAUUGGUAUAUGAUGUGUUUGUGGAUCCAGAGAAUUAUCAGAAGGCGAGCCAGAGGUUCUCGAAUUCGGUUAUUUUGAGUGUUAUUUUUGGACGCAGGGCAAGGAAGGAUGAUGAGCUUUUGCAGUUUAUAUUGGGGUAUACUGGUGUGCUUGGAGACUUCCAGUUUAAUCCUCUAAAGAGCCCGGCAGAUGUGUUUACGUGGCUGGACAAGCUACCUCGUCCGCUGCAGUGGUGGAGGCCUUUUGGAGAGAAGUUUUGCAAGACUCAUGUAGCCAUGUUCCAAAAGGAGUGGGAUUUGCUCAUCGACAAGAUGGAUAAGGGGAUCGCGAAACCGUGUUUUGCAAUCGAUGUCCUGAACGGAGCAGCGAAGAAAGAAUUCGAAAUUGACAACAUCGAGAAGAUCUACACCUGGACAAGCCUCGUCGAAGCCGGAAGCGACACCUCUCGCAUUGCUAUCCUGCAAACGAUUGCCGGAGCUGCGUGUUAUCCCGAAUGGACCAAAAAGGCUCGAGGAUUUUUAGACGAAGUAUGCGGUGCCAAUGCAGAACGCUUGCCUAGUCUUGCCGAUAGGCCAAAGCUGCCUUACAUCACGGCGGUGAUGAAGGAAACGCUUCGCUGGAGACCGUUUCUGCAAUCUGGUGUACCGCAUACUCUUACGAAGGAUGAUGAAUACGAGGGGUAUAGGUUUCCUGCUGGCACGGAGUUCAGCUGGAAUGCGUACUCCAUUGCGCUGGAUGAGAACGAAUAUGCAAACCCGCUGGUAUUCAAUCCUGAUCGAUUCAUGAAUGGGAAUUUGGAUAAAUGGGCUCAGGGACAUUGGAGUUUUGGUGCUGGUCGUCGCAUCUGCGUGGGGUUGAAUGUAGGUGCAAACAAUAUUUGGAUUGCAGCAGCAUGCCUGCUUUACUGCUUCAAUUUUGAAGAGGAUCCGGAUUACCCGAUCGAUCAACUAAACACUGUGUGGGAAGACCCUACGAAGCCCCCAUUUAAGGUCAAGAUCACGCCCCGUAGUGAGGCACACAUCGCUCUUAUCAAGUCGGAAGGUGCAAUUGCUCUCGCGGCAGACUACUGA